AUGUCCAGUAUGUCAUCCGGAACUAAUUUUACGCGAUGGUCAGAGGAUGAUUGGAUUGAAACACGAUUUUCUAUUCAAUCAAAAUUUGUUUUCAAUCGCCAACGUUACGAAAAUCUUGUGCUUCGUACACGAAUGAACGAAUGGUCAUUAGAAUUAUCCCACGGAAAUUCCAGCCGUUUGAAUCGACUUUGGACAGAAAUGCAUAUAUUCCUUCGUGAUCGUACUAGUUUACAAAACUCAACAUUUGGUCACAUACGAAAUCUUUGUAAUCCGCCGGUGAUAUCUCCAUUGACGAAUGACUCGAACGCUCGUGUUCCUGAAUUAACCGAAAUGGAUCAACGUAUUGCGCAAUAUUUCAUCAUUGAUGGUUUCUUUCGUACGAUUAAUUAUAUUCACUGUAAAAUUGACGAACGACGUCGAGAACCUUCAUUACAUCUCAAACUUGAGAUGUAUUUAGUAACCAAUCGAGAUUUUCAAAGCUUAGUUUAUUUCGAAAUGUCGGAAGAAACGUACAAGAUACUAUAUGAUCGUCAAGCAAGGUUCUACAUACAUAGCCAUGAACGAAAUUUUAGAUACAAUUUCAAUCUAUCUCAAACAAACUAUUCCGCAAGUUCGGAUACAGGCCGAGUGUAUAUGACUAAAUUAUACAACCAAGUCGUGGUCAAAACUAGUAAUGCAAUGAAGAGAUCUGUAAAUGUCCUCUAUAUUUGUAUUUUUGCAAUUUCACUCGUAUCCAUACAAUAA